AUGGACGACGGCAUCGUAGAAGUUGAGGACAAGGACUUAUUGGUGGAUGCCAAAAGUACAACUGGAACUUUAACUUCCACUCUGAUCGUCGCCCUGGUUCUUGUUUCCCUGUACUUACUGUUAUUGCUAGUAAACCGGAUAGCCGCCGCUGCUGCCAACUACGCUGCUGGAGGUCGAGCUCACAAUCACGAUGAGGCCAUGCAAGAAGCUCGACGACGCUUGCAAGAAAGAUUUAAUCAGAUGAACCAGCGCCAAACUCCUGCUGAAAAUGCACCAAAUAGUUCCAGUCUCACGGAUGGGGACUCCACAGAGGUUUCAAUUAUUUUCUUUGUGUUGCACCAGUAG